AUGCGCACUCGGCAAAAGACGUUAUACGGCGUAUGCCCCGGGCUGUCUGUGCGACCUUGUUAUGCGAUUUCAGCCGAUGCACUUAUUAUCCACGAACCAGUUCUUCGGAUACUGGGCCGUGGAUCGAAGACAGCAGGCUCAAAACACUUGUCUCAACUACCCGCGCCCAGCUGCUGGAUCUGA